AUGGAGUCGAAGCUACUUGGGCAAUCAUUUGCUUCCAUUCUGAACCAGAAUGCUGCGAAAUUUGCAACACCCAAAUCUCCUUUCACACAGAGAACAACUCUCAAAGUUGUGGGUUCGAACUUUGGUGCCAAUGUGUCUCCCUCUCUGCGAGUUUCCUCACCUUCGUCAGCCAUAAGUUGCCGGUAUUCUCGUCGUACAUGUUUUCAAAGAAGCAAAGGAUGGAUGAGAGUUUUGCAUCCCUGUGCUGAUUCAAUUAAUAUAAACGAUAUGAUUUUGACUGUGUAUUUCGGAGAUAUUCUACCAAGAUUGGUGCGAAUGGGAGAUGAUGGUAACUAUGGGUCUAGUGCUGUUUGCGAUACAAUUUGCUUGCAGGCACUUUCAAAAAGAAUUCAGUAUGGUAAGUUUGUAGCAGAGGCGAAAUUUCGAGAAUCCCCUACAGCUUUUGAGGCUGCCAUCAGAGCACAAGACAGCUCUCGUUUGACGGAGUUGCUGACAUAUGUAACUGUGGAAGCAGCAGUGAAGAAGAGAGUGGCAAUGAAAACCAAAGCGUAUGCUCAAGAGCUAAACCAGACUGAUGAUACAGCAGAUGCAGAUCCUGUAUACAAAAUCCAGCCAUAUCUGGUUGGCUAUCUCUAUGACAAUUGGAUCAUGCCCUUAACAAAGAAAGUUCAGGUUGAAUACCUGUUGAGGAGGCUGGACUGACCAACAAGGGAGAAGAAACCACAUCCUUUUGUGAACAUCAAUAUCUUUUAUCAGGUUAAAUCACAGCGUUUUCGAGUUUCAUAGCACAGCUUUCUCAGCAAAUCUCCAUUAGUUAUUUUCUUCAUAAGAAACGAAAAGGUUUUCAAAUCAGAGAACCUCUUCCCUUCUACAGCACACCAUUAGGCAGCGACUGCCAGCUGCAAGCCAGAGUUGCAUCCACAUUCAGUUCAGAAAAGGCAGCAUCUCUACAGUAUAUUUUCAUUUCAGU